CUCUCUUCUUUCUUUUAGGUAAUUCCUUGAAUUUGGUCAUCAUGGCUGUUGAAAAAGUCAUAUCCGAUUCUCCCGUCGUUGGAGAAAAAGGCGUCAUGGCUGAUGAAAACGCCCCUACGAAGGAAAGCUUCACUGCAACAGGUGAAGAAUAUGAGCAGGAUGAUUUCAUGACGAGAACAGGGUUGAACGCUAAAUCGUUUACGAGGAAGCAUUAUGGACUUGGGCUUGUGGAAUUGGAUCGCAAGAUGAAGCCGAGACAUCUCCAGAUGGUUGCUAUUGGAGGAUCGAUCGGUGCUGGGUUCUUUGUUGGAUCUGGUUCGGCGUUGAGUAAAGGUGUAAGUGAGCCCUUCACUCAAUCGAACACUGACUAAUGGUUCCAGGGCCCUGCUACGUUGUUCAUUGACUUCUUCCUCGUUGGAGUCAUGGUCUUUAACGUUGUGUACGCAAUGGGUGAACUAGCAGUUAUGUAUCCCAUCUCUGGUGGUUUCUACACAUAUGCAGCACGUUUCAUCGACCCAUCUUUUGGUUUUGCCAUGGCCUGGAAUUACACUCUUCAAUGGGCUGCUACACUUCCUCUCGAACUUACAGUCUGCGCUAUUACGAUUCAGUACUGGUCCCCUGACAUUUCUCCCGGAGUCUGGAUCGCCGUGUUUCUCGCUGCUAUCACCAUCCUCAACAUGUUCGGCACGCUGGGAUACGCUGAGGAGGAAUUCUGGGCUGCGUGCUUCAAACUCACGUCCAUUUCUAUCUUUAUGAUCAUCGCGCUGGUGUUGGUUUGUGGUGGGGGUCCGUCGAGUGGGAGCUAUGAUACGUAUCAGGGUUUUAAGCUGUGGCAUGAUCCUGGUGCUUUCAAGAACGGAUUUAAAGGAUUUUGCUCUGUUUUCGUAACUGCUGCGUUUUCUUUUGCGGGUUCGGAACUCGUGGGUUUGGCAGCAGCUGAGUCUCGAAAUCCUACUGCUUCGGUUCCUGCGGCUAUCAAGCAGGUCUUUUGGAGAAUCUGCUUGUUUUACAUUGUUGCGCUGUUGUUCGUUGGAUUGCUGAUCAGCUGCAAUGAUCCAAAUCUUCUCAGCUCGAGCUCUUACUCCAACAGCGCAGCUUCGCCAUUCGUCCUUGUCGGAAAGUAUUCCGGUCUCAAGGGUCUCGAUCACUACAUGAACGCCGUUAUCCUCUCAUCAGUCUUAUCUCUCGGCAUCGCAUCCGUAUACGGCGGAUCACGCACACUUCUUGCGCUCGCACAGCAGGGUUUUGCGCCAAAGAUAUUUACUUGGGUUGAUCGAGCGGGUCGACCUCUGCCGUCUGUUGGAUUCAUCAUUGCUUUUGGAUGUCUUGCGUUUUUGAACCUUGAUGCAGCUGGUCCUGUUAUUUUCGACUGGCUUUUGGCCUUAUCAGGACUAGCUAUGCUUGUUUGCUGGGGAUCGAUCUGUCUUGCGCAUAUUCGAUUUAGAGCGGCGUGGAAGUAUAACGGACAUACACUCGACGAAAUCCCGUUCAAGGCUAUUGGCGGCGUUUGGGGAUCAUGGCUGGGUUUAAUAUUUGUUGUUGUCAUUCUCAUUGCUCAGUUCUACGUGGCCAUCGUCGCCCCGGUUGGCGAGUCGGGAAUGGGUACUGUUGAAGACUUCUUUAUGCAGUAUCUUGGACUCCCUAUUGUGCUAGCUUUCUGGGCUGGAGGAUAUCUCUGGAAGAGGACAAGCUGGAUCAGUAUUGAGAAGAUUGAUAUUGAUACGGGCCGCCGUGAACAUGAUUGGGAGGCUAUCAAUGCUUGGAGGGCAGAGCUUGCUACGUUUCCCUGGUGGAAGCGAUUGAGGUAUACUUUGUUCUAGUUUGAAACGUCCGAUGGAUAUAGACAUGGAUAUAAAGUUUAGAGUUUAGAGUUUAUGACUAUGAGAAUAUUUUGUCAUAGAGAUUCCGGUUUUCAUCCCCAUUUUUGAAACCUUGUAAAUAUUGGAGCAAUUAUCCAAGACAUACAAUAUCCCCUAGUCUGGGU